AUGGUACGGGGUGUUGCACAGGGGAGGCAGUGGGCGAGCACUGCGAUGUGGGUGAUCCGCGGCGGGGGCAAGCCUCCAGGAGGAGGAGGGAACCGGGCCGCGCACGGGCACCGCCGCGUGUCGUCCUCGCCGCGUGCGGGCUCGAACUUCGCCGCGCUCUCGCACGGCGCGUCAGCGAUUAAGUCGGGGCUCGGGGUCGCGAUGGGCCUGUUCGCCACGGGCGCGGCUGUGGCAGCAACAGGGAACAGUGGGGCCUCCGCGCCGUCGCCGGAAGAGCGUGAGGCGCGGGCCACGGGCCCCCUGCCGAAGGGGCUCGAGAAGCUGAAGGCGAUGUCGAACGAGCAGAAGCAUCCGAGCUGUCUCUGGGACACGCCGUGGCUGUCUCGGCUGGUCAGCGCCCAGGACAGCAUCAUCGUCGAGGGCGGCGGGGCAGCGAAGGAGGUGGCGAACCUCCCUGGCGCCGACGACCACAUGUUCCUCGCCAUGAAGCGUUCCGGGCAGCUGCGGUCCUACACGUGCAUCUACGAGCGCAGCGCGGGCCGCUACCACACAGUGUUCGACCUCGGCGGCGAGGUGUGCGGGUUCCCGUCCGUCGUCCAUGGCGGCCUGAGUGCGAGCAUCUGCGACGAGACCCUCGGCGGCCUCCUCUUCGCCCUCAAGAUGGAGGGCGACCUGCCGCGGGGUCCUGCCUUCACUGCGCGCUUGGAGGUCGACUACCGCAAGCGGGUGCCGGCGGAGUCGCUGGUGGUGUGCACGGCGGAGCUGAUCGAGGUGGAUGGGAGGAAGGUGUGGAUGAAGUGCGCGCUGCACGACGGGAACGGUCCGGGCGAGGGCGAGGGGAAAGUGUUUGUGGAGGGCAAGGCGCUGUUUGUGCACCCGCGGACGGACAAGAUGGUCAAGGAGGCUGUCAAGAUGGGCCCGAAGAUCGUGGCGGGCUACGUCGCGGACAAGCUCGGCGGCGGUCGGUAG